AUGUAUGUGGAGUGUACUUUUAUAAACGAAACACAAUCCCCUUCCCGCAAUUAUCAUUACUACCAAAAUUUCCCUUCAUCAUCAUCACCCGUCUCCCGUGUUCAAACGUCCUCAUAUCAAGAGGCACAUCGACUACCAGUGGGGUUCCAUGCUGGGGGGACCCCGAGUCAACAAUCAGUAUCAAGAGACUACCAGUGGGGUUCCAUGCUGGGGGGACCCCGAGUCAACAAUCAAUAUCGAAAGACUACCAGUGGGGUUCCAUGCUGGGGGGACCCCGAGUUAACAAUAUCAAAAGACUACCAGUGGGUAUCAAUAGACUACCAAUAUCAAGAGACUACCAGUGGGGUUCCAUGCUGGGGGGACCCCGAGUCAACAAUCACCGCUGAUCAAUAUCAAGAGGACAUUGACAGCACGCAGGAUGAACGAACAAUAUGUAUGGAACUGAGUGGUGUCAACGUUCAGACG